CUAUCAGCGACGGUGCGCUGCUGUGUCUGUGUAUGCUUUAGUUCGGCGGCCGUGCGGCGUUUAUGCUUUUAGCACACAUAUAUACGACACGUAGCGUCAAUAUUUUGCUUGAUUAAAGCAUAAAUGGCCUCUGUAGCCGAGAGAGCGGAGCCUGGAGACAGCGAACAGGAUGAAGAAGAUGUAUACGAAGUGGAGAGGAUUAUUGACACGCGAGUGGAGGAGGGAGUGGUGCUGUAUCGGGUGCGAUGGAAGAACUAUUCAUCGGACGAUGACACCUGGGAGCCUGAGGCGCAUCUGGACGACUGCAGGGAGGUGCUGCUGGCCUACAAGAAGGCCCUGGCCGAGAUUAAGCCAAAGAUAGAAAUUGGCAUGAAGCUGCCCACGAAGAGUGAUCUGUUCGAUGCCGACUCAGAGAGUGAAAGCGAUAAAGAAAAACCUAAAGAAUCACCUAUAAAGAAGAAGAAGAAGAAAAAGAAGAAAGUGGAAGAAUCAGACGAUGAGAUGCCUGUGAAGGAAAAGAAGAAGAAAAAGAAGGAUAAAUGGCGAGAGGACAAGCCUCUGCCUGCGCCUGAGUCUGAUGAGGAGGAGGAAGAGAGCAGGGAUCCUUCCCCUGCACCCCCUAAAAAAGAGACGAAGAAGAGGUUAAUUGAAUCAGAUGAUGACGAUGCCCAAAUUACUCCCAAGAAACAAAAGAAGCUUAACAAACCUAGAGAUGAAGGAAAACAUAAGAAAGAAAGCGGAGACGACCACAAGAAAAAGAAAAUCAAGUCAAAAAAAGAGAUUGAUUCCUCUGACGAAGAGGAUGAUAAGAGCGACGUGCCCUCUGAGUCCCAUACGGAUGAUACGACAAACACAGAAACAAAUGAUUCCUUCAAAACCACGACAGCAAAAUCCACAGACAAAUCUGUGCGAAGUGAGAGUGGAGGCGACCUCAAGCAGGCUAAGCAGAAGAAGACCAAGUCUGGCCCAAAACUGCAAGGUUUCAAAGACCUGAUUCAAGAUAAGAAGCCUAAAAAACUAGAGGUUUCAACCGCUGUGCUCAAAGAAAGUGGUCUAAACAAACUCAAGAACCUUACUAGUAGCAAAAGCACCAGCAAGUCUUCUCGCAGUGAGGAGGAGCACGAUUCCAGUGACACAGGGGCAGCCACGUCCGCACCCAAGUCAAAGGUCAAAAGCAAAGGGCAAGAAGCAGCCCUUGCUUCUCAGCGGCUCUCAUCUGCAUCUUCCUCCUCAUCCUCCACAGCAUCAACAGCCCCAAUCAAACCCAAAGAGGAAGAGCCGAAAGAAGAAGGUGGUGAGAAGGGUGGUGCCUCUAACCUGUUUGAGAAGUUCCUGCUGAACUGUGAGGCAAAAGAUCGUGUACCAAGGAGACAAGCAGACCAGAACAAGAAUGCAACUCUAAAGGGUACAGGGAAAAGUGACAAGAAAACAAAAUUGGCAAAGCAGUCUCCUGCACGGAAACCUGACUCGGAUAAGACAGAGAAGGCAAAAGAUGCGCCACGACCAGGUCAGAGUCCCGUCUCCAUGGAGGUAGACGAGAAACAGGAGAAGGGAGCAUCCGAGAUGGAGAAAAGUGAUAAAUCAGAUGAGCCGGCCCUAAAGUCUAAGGAGGAAUUACAAAGAGAGCAGAGAGAGGAAGAGCAAAGGAAGAGGAAAGAAAAGAUGGAAGAAGAGGAGAGGAGGAGGAAAGAAAGGAUUGAAGAAGAGGAGAGAAAGAAGAAAGAAAGAAUCGAGGAAGCCCAACGGGAGAGAAAAGCACGCAUGGAGGAGGCACAGAGACUGGCAGAAGAAGCCCGGCAAGAGCGGCUGGAAAGGAAGUCCAUGACGGAGUCAAUAGCGUCUCCUGACUCUACAGAAUGGAAGGACAAGAGGAGGAGAAGUGAAUCCCGGGUCUUCACCGCCUGCGAUGACAAUCAGGACUCUCAGGAGACCAUGGAGCGCUCAGACAAAACUCCUGACAGGGGACUGCCAUCUCUUAAUCUUGGGCUGGAGCUCAAGCUGGACUGGAUGACACUGGAGGACUUUCAGAAACACUUGAAUGGAGAGGAUGAGAAUCUCUCUCCGCUAGCCUUAACUCCCGCUGAGCUGCGAGAAGCAGUGAAAAAUGGGAAUUACCUGGCAGUAAAACGUGCACUUAGUUCCAAAGAGGACUACAAUCUGGAUCAGGAGGACUCUAGCGGCAUGUCCUUAACACUGCUGGCUGCUGCAGGUGGUCAGGAUGAUGUCCUCAGGCUGCUUAUUAAGAAAGGAGUGAAGGUCAACGCCAGACAGAAGAAUGGCACCACUGCCCUGAUGCAUGCUGCUGAAAAGAACUUCUUGACGACAGUGGCCAUUCUUCUGGAGGCAGGAGCAUCUGUAAAUGCCCAAACUCUGGGUGGAGAAACGGCUCUCAUGAAGGCUUGUAAGAGGGGCAAUGCAGAUGUGGUUCGCCUCCUGCUGGAAUAUGGGGCUGACUGCAACAUCCUGUCUAAACAUAAGACCACUGCCUUGUACUGUGCCAAAGUUAGCAAAAAUGAAAUGGUACAUGAUCUCAUCAAAGACCACAUGCAAACGUUAUCAACAGUGGCGGAAGAGACAAUCAGAGCUUAUUUUGAAACGCGGCUGGCCCUGCUGGAACCUGUAUUUCCUCUGGCUUGUCACAGAUUGUGUGAGGGACCAGACUUUUCACUGGAGUUCAACUACAAACCCCCUCAACACACACCCGGAGAAGGAUCUGGCAUACUGCUUUUCAUCUUCCACGCAAACUUCCUUAAUGAGAUUACAGCUAGACUUUGCGGGCCCUGUAGUGUCCAUGCUGUCGUCCUGAAUGACAAGUUUCAGCUGCCCAUCUUCUUGGACAGCCAUUUCAUAUACUCUUUCAGUCCUGUUCAAGGAGCCAACAAACUGUUCAUUCGUCUGGCAGAGUCCCCAACAGCUAAGGUUAAACUCCUCAUUUGUGCAUACAGAGUCCAGCUACAGUGAUGCCACAGUCCUCCCUUCCAGGUCAAAUGUCACUGCAGGAGCUUGGCCUCUCCAAGAACUGAGACUUUUUCUACACUUGACACAUGCUGAGCAGGACACAGUUUAGAAACGGUUUUGUUUUAUUUUGGGCAAAGACUGAAGUACUAACAGGUCAAUAACAACAGUCACAAAUCUCAGUGUGACCCUAAAUUCGCGCCUGGUUAAGUGUUGUAACGAGUUUGGUUUUUGAAUAGCAACUGAGUUCAGCAUGAAGUGUGACACAUUGGGCUUGUAUCUUGUCAUUUGUAAAUCUUGUUUGUAAAGUGUUCCUUUUAUUAUUAUUUUUUAUUUUAAAUAGAAUAAUUUAUCACUCUAGAUUCACCCACUGUUUUAUGUUCUGUGUGUUUAACCCGACCACGUACUCCUCUGAUGUGUUCCUGUCGGCAUUGCUUCUGCUGAGUGUAUGAAGGAAUGAACAAGGAGUUCUCGUCUCCCUGUUUCUUAGUGCUCAUGGAACUAAGAAAAGACUGGACCCCAAGUGUGACUUUGAACACCAGAAUGGGUGCUUUUUGUUUCCUGAGAUUGUGAUGGUUUUUAAAAAGCAUUAACUAAUGGUGUGCAUCCUAAAUUGGACAAAAAUGAAGCCAUUAUAGUUGAAGAAAUGUAUGAAUGUAUAUGUUUGGUUUGUGAGGUAUUUUAAGGGCUAAUUUGUGUUUGCAUUGAGAGGAGGAUCCAGACAGGUUGAAAUCAUUCAAGUUGGAGUGAUUAGUAAAACAGGUUCUUUUAAUGCUGAUUAGUAGGGAACGUGACCCUUUUUAUGUGUGCACCUAUGUGUUGCCAGGCAGGUUGUUCAUCAGCUAAGUUUAAUUUCUAAUUAGAUUUUGCAUUUGACUUUAGUUAUAUAAUCGUUAAAAUGGCAGCACAUGAGCUCAGGUCAUCUUUUCAUACUGAUCAUAAAAGUCGCGUGAGUGUAGUUUUCAUAAAAUCGUUUAUGAAUUAACUAAGAGUCAGAUUGGGAAUUUACAGCUCGGCUCAUCCUGAAGAGUUUUAGAAGUGCCGUGAAGAGUUCUUUUAUUCUGUUGUUCAUGGCCUACCUCUCUUUGUCCCGUCAUUGUGCUUUUAGUAAGUGAAAGACUGCUCAUUGAUUCACUUCUGCUUAUGACUACAGUAAAUAAACUGUACAUAUAUUUCUAUAACAAUCAA